AUGGCGGAAGUCCAAGAGUUCAACAUCCUCACCCCAGUGGGCAUGCUGGGAUACGGUUUUCGCUCCGAUGAGUUCUGGUACGGCAUCGAGAAAUACUCGCCCGCGGCUGUCAUCGUCGACAGCGGCUCAACAGAUGGCGGGCCAUACAAGCUCGGCAUGAAUAGGAUGACUUGCGGCAAGGGCUCAUACAUACGAGAUCUCGAACCACUCCUUGACGCCGCGUUUCACAAGAAGAUCAAGGUUCUGAUAGGAUCCGUCGGUGGUGAUGGCAGUGAUCUGCACGUCCGUGAGAUCUUCGAGAUGGUCAAGGGAAUUGCGGAGGAACGAGGAUACAACUUCAAGAUUGCCACGAUUGACGCCGGCGUGGAUCGACACCUCAUAAUCAACCGUAUCCGCGCGGGAAAGACGAGUCCAUGUGGUCCUGCACCGGAACUCACAGAAGAGGACGUCAAUUCUGCAGUCGAUGUGGUGGCACAGAUGGGUUGUGAGCCCUAUCUCAAAGCACUGGAGCAAGAUCCUGACAUCAUUCUCGGCGGCCGCUCGUACGACCCAGCCGCUUUUGCUGCGUUUUGUCUGGCAAGAGGCUGCGAGCCUGGAGUCGCCUGGCACAUGGGCAAGAUCAUGGAGUGCGGAGGCAUGUGCGCCGUUCCCAAAGGUCGCUCGAUGAUCGCAACGAUGCGGAAAGACAGCUUCGAUCUCACCCCAUUGUCUCCGGAGGAGCGAUGUACACCAUUGUCCGUCGCUGCCCACACGUUAUACGAGAAGACAAGACCAGACAGAUUACCAGGCCCGGGCGGAGUAUUGCAUUUGGAUGGCUCCAAGUACGAGCAGAUCACGGAAAAGACCACUCGCAUUCGAGGAGCCAAGUUCGUCCCGACUCCUUACCAAGUGAAGCUCGAAGGAGUGACCAAACUUGGCUACCGCACCAUCUUCAUUGGUGGCAUUAGGGAUCCCAUUCUCAUCAGCCAGAUUGAUGACUUCCUCGAGCGCGCGAGGAAAUACACACAAGCUUUGUUCCCUGAACUCGAUAAGUCCGAGAAUUGCCAGUUGAAGUACCAAAUCUACGGCCGAAACGCAACCAUGGGGCCACUGGAGCCGGAUAUGUCAGUUGGACAUGAGAUUGGUGUCUUUGGUGAAGUCCUCGCGUCGACGCAAGAGCUUUCCCACACCAUCGCCAACAAUGUUCGUGCAACCGUUCUGCAUCUUUCGUACGAUGGGCAACUUGCCACGACAGGAAACUUUGCAUCACCCCUUUCGCCUCAUGAGCAGGAAGCUGGACCUGUGUUCAAGUUCAGCCUCUACCAUUUGGUCGAUCUCGAGGCUGGUGAAGAAGUGUCCCUGUUCCCCAUCACAAUGCACGAUGUGAAGGCCAGCCAAGAGCCUCGCACCUUGAGCACUCUCAGCAAAGAGCAGUUCCAAGCCAUCGAAAGUGGGAAACUGAAGCCUUUAAACCGCAAAGUCAUCCCAUCUGGCGCAGCACCUUUAUCCGAGAUUGCUCGGGUUGUCAGAUCCAAGAACUCAGGUCCUUUCGAACUAACGCUGGACGUCAUGUGCGACACUGAGGAUGCUUACCAGCGCGUCAAGAAGGCGAAUCUCCUCACGAACGAGACGAUCAAGAAGCUGUACAGAGUCCGAGAUGAGGACAUUAUCGUGAACAUGUACUUCGAGCCGGCACUGGCUUGGAAGUGCACCAUCAAGCGGCCAUGGGCACAGGGCAGCGUGGGAGAGCGUGACACACUUGGCACGCAACAGCAUGCUCCACUCCUAACAAUUGAAGUGCCACCUGCGGGGUCCAAGUCGGUUCCAAUCAUCGGUGCGUCUGCGUAG